UAUUCCCUCCCCGCCGCGCCUCGCUAGCGGCGGCGGUGGCAGUGGCGGCGGCGGCGGCGGUGGCUCUCGGAGCCGGCGCGUGUCCAGCCCUCGCGGCGGGACCCGGGUCCUGACAAGCCCUGCCUGGGCCCAAGCGUGCGGAGAAUGGAAACGCGGGCUCAGCCAUGUCUCUGGGCCGCCUCCUUCGUCGGGCCUCCUCCAAGGCCUCGGACCUCCUGACCCUCACCACGGGGGGCAGUGGCGGGUCCCUCUCCGUCCUGGAUGGAGAGGUCAUCUACUCCAAGAACAAUGUCUGCGUGCACGCACCCGAGGGGCUGCAGGGCCCUGGGGAGCACCACCCAGGGUACCUGUGCCUGUACAUGGAGAAAGAUGAGCUGCUGGGAGCGACCCUUAUCCUGGCAUGGGUCCCCAACUCUCGCAUCCAGAGGCAGGACGAGGAGGCCCUACGCUAUAUCACCCCCGAGAGCUCUCCUGUGCGCAAGGUACCCCGUCCUCGGCGGCGGCGCACCACAAGCCUGGGAGCCCCCUACCAACCCUCUCCCACAGAGCCAAAGCCUCCCCUGAUUCCCAAAGACGAGGACAUCCUGGUGGUGGUCCAGAACACACAGGAUACUGUGCACAUCAGCCCUACAGAUGAAGAUGGGGAGAAGCUGGCCCAGGGCCCAGAGGUGGAUGGGCCCCUCCCCAGCUCACAGCCUGUGCACAGUGACUCCGGGAUCCUGUCUACAGUCAGCUCCCAGGAUGGGACGGAGGAUGGCCGGGAGUCUCGACCCGAGGCUGUGGAGGAAGAGGGCUCCUUGGAGUUGUCGGCGGACGGCGUGAGCAGAGAUAGCUCGUUUGACUCAGACUCGGACGCCUUCUCCUCGCCCUUCUGCCUCUCGCCCAUCAGUGCGGCCCUUGCGGAGGGGAACAGCUCUGCGUUCCUGGAGAGCGAGGGCAGCUCCCCCUCCAGCUCUGAUGCCAACCUGCGGUUCCCUGACAGCAAUGGCCUCCUGCAGACGCCUCGCUGGGAUGAGCCACAGCGGGGAUGUGCUCUGGAGCAGAUCUGUGGUGUGUUCCGAGUGGACCUGGGCCACAUGCGCUCCCUGCGGCUCUUCUUCAGCGACGAGGCUUGCACGAGUGGCCAGCUGGUGGUGGCCAGCCGAGAGAGUCAAUACAAGAUUUUUCACUUUCACCACGGCGGCCUGGACAAGCUCUCCGAGGUGUUCCAGCAAUGGAAAUUUUGCACGGAGACACACCUCAGGGACCAGCAGGUCACGGAUGAGAGGACAUGUAUGCAGUUCUCCAUCCGAAGGCCCAAGCUGCCGUCCUCUGAAAUCCACCCAGAGGAGAGCCUGUACCGGAGGCUGGAUGUGUCUGCCUGGCUCAACCACCUGAAUGACCUGGGCCAGGUGGAGGAGGAGUACAAGCUACGCCAGGCCAUUUUCUUUGGUGGCAUUGAUGUGUCGAUCCGUGGGGAGGUCUGGCCUUUCCUGCUGCACUAUUAUAGCCACGAGUCCACGUCGGAGGAACGCGAGGCACUUCGGGCGCAGAAGCGAAAGGAAUAUGCAGCCAUCCAGCAAAAGAGGCUCUCCAUGACUCCCGAGGAGCACAGAGCCUUCUGGCGUAAUGUGCAGUUCACUGUGGACAAAGACGUGGUUCGGACAGAUAGGAACAACCAGUUCUUCCGAGGGGAGGACAAUCCAAAUGUGGAGAGCAUGAGGAGGAUCCUACUGAACUAUGCUGUGUACAACCCGGCCAUCGGCUACUCACAGGGCAUGUCGGAUCUGGUGGCGCCUAUCCUGGCUGAGGUCUUGGAUGAAUCGGACACCUUCUGGUGCUUCGUGGGUUUGAUGCAGAACACCAUCUUUGUCAGCUCUCCCAGGGAUGAGGACAUGGAGAGACAGCUGCUGUACCUGCGGGAACUGCUGCGGCUGACACACCAACGCUUCUACCAACACCUGGUGUCCCUGGGUGAGGACGGCCUCCAGAUGCUCUUCUGCCACCGAUGGCUCCUGCUCUGCUUCAAGCGAGAGUUUCCUGAGGCCGAGGCCCUGCGCAUCUGGGAGGCCUGCUGGGCCCACUACCAGACGGACUACUUCCACCUGUUCGUCUGUGUGGCCAUCGUCGCCGUCUACGGGGAUGAUGUCAUCGAGCAGCAGCUGGCCACGGAUCAGAUGCUCCUGCACUUCGGGAACCUGGCCAUGCACAUGAACGGAGAGCUGGUGCUCAGGAAGGCCAGGAGUCUCCUGUACCAGUUCCGCCUUCUACCACGGAUACCCUGCAGCCUCCAUGACCUGUGUAAGCUGUGUGGGACAGGCAUGUGGGACAGUGGGUACAUGCCAGCUGUGGAGUGUGCCGGCCACCACCCGGGCUCAGAGAGCUGUCCCUAUGGGGGCACAGUGGAGUUGUCAUCCCCCAAGCCCCCAAGAGAAGGCAAGAAAGGCCCAAAGGCACCACGGGAGGUCUUUGGUUUCCGAAGAUAGGAAAGCCCUUGCCCUUGACCAUGGACGAGGGGAUCACCAUGAGGUCCUGGGGGGGGGGCAGACAGACAUGGAGAGGACACAAGGAAAAACCUCUGGCCAGGGUGAAGGGAACCUUGUCAUGAUGACAAAAUCGGGCUUUAGAACUGACAGCAGGCAUCAGCUGUCCCGAGAGUUCAGCUCCUGAAAGGCUAGCCCAGGGUGUCUGGCUAUCCACUGGAAUGCAGGCUGCUGGCUGGCUGGGGGGUUCCAGCAGAGGCCAGGAGUCUCUCCGCAAGCCGUGGGCAAGGCAGGGUCUAGAAAAGGCCUCGUGCUCGCACCCGUGCCAAGGGACAGAGAGGAGCAGGAUUGUUGUCUGAGUGAGCCAAGCACACUUGAGAAGCUUUCUGGUCACAGCUGCAAGACUGGCAUGAAGAUGGCUGUCCAAAAGAGAAAGAAAA